ACUUCGAUGAUGGAAGACAGUGUAGAAUAGUAGUUGUAUAUGGCGUUUAGUGAAAAUUACAUGUAAUUUGGUAAAUAAAAUGACGCACGAGAUUGGAUCAACUAGAGAUUGCAUUUGAAUUGGCAUUGGUUUUUUUUUGUCGCGCAGAAAAUCUGUGAAGGCUAUAUUCAACUAAGAUGCUGACUAAUAGAAACAUUCCCAUCUCUGCUGAUGAGGUCUCCCUCGAGGGCAGUACGGUCAGUGCUGGAGUGACCAUCAUCACCAACGACACAUCCAAGUUUGUCAUUUACAACCUUGAUAAGCCAUCAAAGAACAAGUGUUGUCCCUGCCCGAGAUUGUUCCUGGAAUAUAGUAGGACGUCGGGACGUUUGACCGGUUCUUUGCAGCUCCUGUGGAGCAUGGCCAUUAUCACGUUGAGUAGUGUGAUGCUGAUCCUACACGGAGCCAUAGAAGCAUUCUGUGUGAAUAUGUCUAUUGGUGUUCUGGUAUUUACAUGCGGCACCGUCGGCGUUCUAUCAUUUGAUAUGAACAGAAUCGUAAUUGGUGCAUACAUGAUCCUAUCACUGAUAUCAUUCUUUACUAUGGCAUAUACUAUGAUCAUGGGUGCAUACUUUGCUCAGUUGAUCAACUGGACCAAUUCCUGUCGAGGGAUAGUAUACAUUUAUUACCCUUGCGAUCCUAGUGAAAUUGAUGAGUCGCAGCUAUUGACUAUUGGGGUUUGUAUGAUCGUGUUUGCUUGCCUGGAAGCUCUGACGUCAUAUAUCGCUUUUAUAUUCUGUUGUAUUGGUGUAUGUUCAACCUGUUGUUCACUCCACUGUGCUCGUUGUAGAAAGCGUUCAACCAGACUAUCAGAGGCAUUGAGUAAUGAUAAUAACAUAUGAAACAUACAUUAGUGAACAAGUGAUAAUCUUAUAAGAUGGACAUUCACCCUAACUACGCGUUAGAAGAACACGGUAACCAUGGUAACGGCAACGGAGCGAUCAUACCGGAAAGGAUGAAUAUUCAACCCACAUCCUAAAUUUGCUUUGACUUAAAAUAAUAAUCAAAAGGUCAAUCAGUACGAACAAAGUUAAUGAGUUACUCAGUUAUGUAGAAUAGAAAUCAUGAGAACAAGUAAUAUAUCCCUGAUAAAGCUGACCUCUGAUCUUUGGCUACUUUUUUUUUAUAGAAACACCCUGUAGUUGAUCGGGUGGUACCAACACUUUCAGAUGUUGUAAAUAUUAAAAAUUAAGGUUUGAAAGUAAUUUUGAAUGCUUUUAUUUGACUUUUAAUUCCAACGUUAUAUCUCAUUUAUACUAGUAUUAUCGUUUAAUGGACAGCCUUGCACCGGGCCUUACAUAUCCGAAACUAUGACAACACAUUGUUGUUGUAUGUUUUUCAGUAGUUGUUACUCUUACUCUUGAGUUGUAUACUCUUACACCAGCACCUGCUCUCUGGGUUUUUACGCAUUCUUCCUUGUACAUAAAUUAUAUAUUGGAUUUACAUUCAUUGCUAUAUUACUAUAUUACGGAUCUGUUUAUUUUCAUUUGAAAUUGGAUGUAACCUGUGUAAUGUCAAUCGGAAGAAAAUAAAUUUUUAAUUGAAUUGAAAUUGAAAUGAAUGAACCGGAGCCAUGGAUAUGCUAUGAACUAUGGAAGAGCGCCAUCUAUCAUCAUAGCUAACGAUCACACUAGUCCUUUUAAUUUAUUGCUGAAGGAAUUAACAUCAUGGCUUGCAUUUGAAUCCACGACCCUUGGUUGAAGGAGGGGGGGAGGGGGGAGGGGAGACCAAAAAUAAUUUUAAAAAAUUGCAGCUUGCACCUUAAAUAACGUUCAAAUAUAAACCAUAAUAGUAUACGUUGUUGAAAAUGCAUUUAGGUAAAAUGCAUGUUCACAAUGCUUCUAAGUCUACCAAUCCCCAGCUGGUUGCUCCGAUUUGAUUUUCAUUUCUUUAUUUGUGUGAGUAUAUUUUGGAAAAUCGAAAUGUUACAUCUAUCGUAAUGGAAUAUAUCUCAUAAUGUCACUACAUAUCAUCGAGAAGUUGAAAAUAUUAAAAAUAUAAAGGAACAUAUGAAGAGGACACUACAAACAAAAUUAUUAUUUUUUAGAUAUUAAAAAAAAUACCAUGCUCAGUUGAAUUCUACCAUAGAAAGUAGUAAAAGCAUUCAUUCAUUCAUUUUUUCGAUAAGGUGGUUUAAAAUGUAAUAAAACAGUCCUACCUUAAUUAACUAUUUGAUUUAUUAAAAAAAUAAAAUGAAUAUUGAUAAUUGUAUGAUGUAUCAGAAGUAUAUGAAUUUUAGUAUGUCAAUAAAUUUCUUUGAUUAUCAUAAUAUGCUUAAUUGAUGUUAAUGAUAAUAAUGUUUACCAAAGUUUUAUAAUCAACACGUGAAAGUUAUAACAUUAUGUUUGAUCAGAUAUCAAUAAAUUUCUUGACCUUUCUCACGCACAUAAUGUUUAACCUUCCAGGUCUGAGCAAGACCACUCUCUCUAAUCUCAUAUUUACUAAUUUACUACUGGUAAGAUUUUCGGAUAUUCUUCUCAGUCGUCUUACUACUAACUCUUCUUCCUCUUCGUUUUUUUAUUAUUGAAAAUACAUUAGUCCCUUUUUAAACUUUAAUAUACAAUGAAUAAACUGGUCCAUAUUCUUGUACUUUCUUGUAACAAAACCACUUUGUUGUGUAUUCUAUGUAUUAAUUUAUAUCGAAUGUAUAACCUAUCGCGUCUUCAAGUAAAAUAGCUGUUACGUAUUUCUUUACAGGCAUGAUGAGGUAAGCAUAGUAGCUUACAUGUGAUUAAAAUGAACUACAUAGCAUAGAGA